AUGGUGCCCGUGGGCGGGCGCAUGCGGGGCCCGCACCUUGGAUUGGACAAACCAGCGAAGCUCGAGGCAGGCAGGGGGGAGCAGCUGGAGCCGCCCUGCAUCUCUGUGACAACAGUCAAAAACUACUUCAAGCUGUCCUUUUGCCAGCGUUAUCUAGCCCUUUUGCAGCUGGUGAAGGGCCAGCAGCAGCAGCAGCAGCAGUCGCAGCAGCAGCAGCAACAGCAGCAGCAGCUGUGGGCCCAAGCCGGCGGUGCUGCUGCUGCUCGGGCAGAGGCGGCGACCGAUAUCUCAUCGAAAGCAGCAUCUGACGAGUUUGACCCCGCCCUUGCCGAGGCGGGGCAGCGGCAGGAGGAAGCUGUGCUGCAGCUGCUCGAUGGGUGGCUGCGUCAUGCCACUGUAGCGGAGCACCAGCCGCAGCCCACCCAUGGCGGCGGCAGCGGCGAUAGGGGCAGCGGCGAGGCGCCGCAGGUGUGCAACCCAAGUGGCAAGAGCGACUGCCACUGGAACGACGUCGUCCUUGCUCUCCCCGGCCUCAUCGCCGCGCGCCGUCGCGCGGCGUGGCGGGAGGUCCAGCUGCCGCUGGGCGGCGCCGCGCCGCCCGGCCUCGGGGUACGGCUGAGCGGCCGCAUCGACUUCCUGCUCCUCGCUUAUGAGCCUGCAGCAAGAGGGCGCGGCGGGGUCAGCGGCACGUGCCCCGUGCUUGUCGUCGUGGAGUGCAAGUCGUCGCAGCACCCAGACACCAGCCACUACGCCCAGAUGGCGUUAUACCAGCUGUCACUGCGCGCGCUGCUGCAGCGCCUGCCCCCGGUGGCGGCGGUGGACUGGGGCGCGCUUGCCGCCGGUCUGCGCUGCGUCCUCGUGACAGCCGCCACGCUGCCACACACGCUGCGGCGCGGAGGCGCCCCGGGCGCGGCCGGGGUGCCAGGGCCCGCGGCAGAGGCAGCAGCGGCGGCCUGGGUCGAGGCGCAGAUUACGGGGGCGGCGGCGGACGGAAUUGUGGCGCAGGUGGAGGCGGACGUGGUGCACCACCUGCGCCGUGGCGGCGCGGCCCAGCGCGCGCUGCUGGCCGGCGCUCUGGAUUGCGGCGAAGGGGGCGUUGUUGCUGACAGCGCGAGCGUUCACAACAGCCGCAAGAUGUUUGAGCGGGAGGCUGACGAUGAGCUUCCUGAUUUGGAGGACCUGCCUUUUUCAUACGGCGCCCACUGCAGCGGCUGCCCGUCACGCGAGGCCGCCGCGUGCCGCCGCCGCGCGGCCGCGCGCUCCGCGCCGCAGCUCGCUGGCUGCGGCGCGGCCGCGGCGGCGGAGCUGGCGCGCCGCGGCGUGGCGAACCUGGCGGGCGUCGCGGCGGUGCAGGCGGGCGACGCUGAGCUGGCGGCCGCCAGCCUGCCGGGGCUCGCGCAGCAGGCUGUUCGGGCGCGGUUGCUGCUGGAGCAGCGGGAAGAGGGGCUGCAAUCGCAGCACGGGGGGCAACCGGGCGGCGGCCGCCGUCCGCAGGUGGUUCUGCACCAGCGUGCGGCGAUGAGCAGCGUGUUGCCGCCGCGCUCCGCGGAAACCGCGCGCGCCUACCUCGUUUGCGUGUUUGACGCUGUCUCCCAGCGACUGGCGGCGCUCGCGGCGCGCUGCGUCAACGGCGGUGGCGUUGCAGAGCCGCGGGAGCCGCUGCGGCAGCUGCCCGGCAGAACGGCGUGGGCGGCGUGCGAGGGCGGCGGCGCUGCGGCGACGUUUGUGUGCUGCGCGCCUGAGGCGUAUUGCACUUCUGGCAGCGCAAGUGCUGCUGCGACGAGCAGCGGCAUCCGUGCCAUGUGGAUGGCAGCGGCGCACCCCAGGCACCAGGAUGCGCAGGAGCAGCAGCAGCAGCAGCAGCAGCAACAGCAGCAGCAGCAGCAGCAGCAACAUCAGCAGCAAGUGUUGGGCAGUUCAGAUGACCUCAUGCAGAAGAGCGACGAUAUGCGAGAGGCGCUGCUGAUUGCAGAGGCGUACGAGCAGCUGCUCGGCAGCUGCGCGGGCGGUGCCGCCAGGACGCUGCACGUCUUUUGCUGGGCCGUAUCAGACCUGCGGCGACUCACCUCCCGCUGCUACUGCCUGCUGCGCCGCCCCGGCGUGUCGAGAAGCAAGAGGCUGGUGGCGGCGCUGCGCGGGGUGGUGACGCUCCUCGGCGGCCGCGGCGCGCUGGCCGGCCUGCCGGCCGCCGCGGCGGGGGAGCAGUGCAUGACGUCAUCGCUGCAGCAGGAGCUGGCGGGAAGGUAUACGACCCCCCACCUGCGGCCGACGCUGUUUGAUGCGGUUGGGCUGACGUGGCGGUCGCGGGACAGCCUCCCCUUCCGCUGGGCUCGGCCGCUGCAGGCGCGCGUCGGCGCGGCGGCCAUCGAGGCGGACCUGCGGCGGCUGCUGGGGCCGGCGGCGCGGUGGGGGUCGCAUGCGCCGCCGGCGAUGCUGGCCGCGUAUUGGAUGGGGCGCCGCCAGCAGGGGGGCGCGGGGGACGCCCCGCCGCUGCUGCCCGAGGCGUAUCAGCCUUAUGCGGCUGCGUCGCAGCCGGGGCACUUCGAGGCCUUUCUCGCAGCGAUGGCGGAAAGCAUGUCGUUCCUGGAGGGAGAGAUGCAGGCCGUUGGGGGAUGCAACCCCAAGGUUGUCAAGGCCCCGCUUCCGGCGCUCGCCGCGUUCGCGGGACACAAUGGGUCGGAUGGGGCGGCGGUCGCCGCGGCGCGGCGGCGCGCCGCGGAGGGCGACGCAUGGGCGUCGCUAGAGGGGCCGAAGGGGCUGGUCGCGGCGGCUCUGGAGGCUGUCAGGCUGGACCGCGGCGGCGCUGCGGACGAUUGGCUGCGGGACGCGUGCAGGCCGCUUCAGGAGCGCGUGGCGGCGGCCCGCAGCAUCCUGCUGAAGUCGACAGGGGAGGGCGAGAUUGGGCGAGACAUCACAUUUAAGGGCACCGUGUCGUCCCUUGCUGAGCCGUUCGGCGUGGACGGUCCCAGCGCCGCCGCGGGAGCGUUGCCGUUCGCGCUCGGCGACUUUGUGCGGGUGACGGGCAUGUGGGAGACAGAGCUGCCGCUGCUGAAAGCGGGCCUGGGCAGCAGCCUUGGCGGUCGCGGCGUCAACGGGAGCGGCAGCGGCUGCCACAAAAACAGGGACACGGAAGCUGGCGACCCGCGCAGCUGGCUCCAGCGCCGCGGCGCCAACUGCAUCGUGUCGGGCAUCGCCCGAGACAGCGUCACCGGUGAUGUCACAGUGACGCUUGAGCCGGCAUGGGUCAAGGUCAAGGGAGAGGACACGGGGCGGCUGCACCACUAUCACAUGGAGCCGCUUUCCCCGCCCAAGGCGUUCGCAUUUGACUACGCGGUGGUGGACGCAGGGGUGGCUGACUAUGUUGGUCACUCUGUCGACGCAGCACUGACUAAUGCAGUUGCCACACAGGCGGCCGGCGCCGCGGGCGCCGCCGGCCCUGCCGCAGGUUGGCUGCCCCUGCUGAGUAGCCCUGCGGGCGGCAGCCUUGAAGGCAGCAGCCACGGCAGCAGCAUCGAUGGCGCCGCGGCGCAGGUCCAGGAGCAGGCGGCGCGCCUGCUGUCCGCGGCGCGGUGGUGCGACGCGGGCGGUCGCCAGGGCCGGCUGCAGCAGGACCAAGCAGCCGCCAUCCAACGCGGCCUCCCUCUCCCAAUCCAGUUGAUCCAGGGGCCACCGGGCACAGGCAAGACCGAGGCGCUCGCCGCGGCUGUUGCGGCCGCGCUGCUGCUGCAGCCGGGCUGCGCGCGCGUCGGAGUCGUCAGCCACACACACAGCGCGAUCGACAACCUCCUGCUGCGCUUCAGCCGGCGGCGCGGCGCCUACAGGGAAGCUGCGGAGAAGGUGCUGGGGGAGGCCGCUUCGCCACGGCUGGACGCGCAGGCGGCGAGGAUGGCGAGCAAGGAGCGGUGGGCGGCGUCGGAGCUGCCGCACGAAAGCGAUGUGAAGCGGUUUGAUGCCAACUACACCCCCGUCGGCCUGAAGCCAGCCGUGGCCGGCGGCCCCCUCGUCCUGGGCGCCACCCCGAACGACCUUUUGAAGCUCUGCAGCAAGCUCGGGCCAGCCGGAUUUGCGCCCCUUGACCUUCUGAUCGUCGACGAGGCCUCCAUGCUGCCUUUCAGCGCGCUGCUCGCCGUCGUGCUGGGCGCGCUGCGCCCCGGCGGCCGCCUGGUGCUGGCGGGUGACCACCGCCAGCUGGCGGCGAUCACCAAGUACGAUUUCGAGGCAGACCUGCGGCCGACGGUGGUGAUGCACGGCGCGCACGCGAGCGCGUACGACUACGUGCACGCCCUGGGGGCGGCCGGCGCGCCCCACGUGGCGCUGACUCAGCUGAGCACCAGCUGGCGCUUCACGCGCUUCGAGGAGCUGCGGGCCCUGAUCGCAUCCGUAUACAAGCGGGACGGGCUGGAGCUGGCCGCGGCUGUCCCUGCAACUGAGGACGACGCGCCGAGCGAUAAUCGCGUCGUCGGCGCCUCGGCCGCCGCGGCGCUGUCGGCGGCGGGCGGCCAGGUGCUCCCCGGCCUGCUGGGCGGCGGCGGCGUUGAGGUGGCGACGAGCUCGGGGGCGUUUGCUGCCUCGCGGCGGAUGGGGACGGCCGCGGUGGGGGCGAUGGCGCUCGAGCUGGUUGAAGAUGAGGGGUCAGACAACGAGGGCGGUGCGGCCUCCGGCCGUGUCAAGGCCAGCAGCGGCCGCGCCAGAGCCGCGGCCGCCGCUAGGGCGGCGCACGGCGUGCAAGGCAGCAACGUAUGGCGGCGCGUGUGGGAGGAGGGGGGGCGGCUGGUGCUGGUGGUGCACGAUGAGGCGGCGUCCUCCAAGCACAACCUCGUGGAGGUUGAGAUCAUUAGGCGCAUCAUGGAGGCGGCGCCAGAGGGGGAGCUGUUCCAGCCUGGCCGCGUCGCCGUCAUGAGCCCCCAUCGCGCACAGUGCGGCGCCCUCAAGCGCGUGCUCGCGGCGCCGGGCGACCCCGCCGCCCCCGGACGCCGCGGCGUCGGCGACGCGCCCGGCGGCCUGCCGGCGCACUUCAAGAUGAUCGACACCGUCGAGAAGCUGCAGGGGCAGGAGGCGCCCGUGGUGAUCUACGGCGCCACCGCCAGCUGCCCCGCGGCCCUCGCCGCCAACAGCGACUUCUACUCCAGCCUCCACCGCUCCAACGUGGCCCUGUCGCGCGCGCGGGAGCGGCUGGUUGUCGUGGUAUCAAGCGGGAUGCUGGGGUUUGCCCCCGGCAGCGUGGGGCAUCACUACUCGUGUGUGCCAAUAAGCGAUGUUUGGCAGCACGGCACUGGAAUUGUGCGGUGA